UUGGCCUGUACGAGCCGUUCAAAUUGUCCAAGUCUAACUGCUUUGCAUCCUCUGUGCAAUUUUACUGUCAGAUUAUAUUUCGGCAUUGUCAUUUCGUAAGAAUUAAGUUGUGUACUUCAGGCAGUGCUUCUAGACGGCAAGUCGCACACCGCUCGCCACUGACCAGCGUAACCAUGAUGUGCCCAAUUGUGAAGAACAACUUCGAUAUCUACCAGACGAGCGCGGUAGGCAGCCCCGUGAAUCCCGGGAUGGCAUCUGGUCCGGGAUCGCAAUCACGAUCCCGCAAGACGUCGCAGUGCUCGAAUCGCUCCCGAUCGCACGCCAUCUCACCGGGAGCAGGGGGCGGUUGUGGAACAUCGGGACCAACAUCGUUGUCGUCAUCGCCUGGCAGCGAUCUCGACGAACGCCUGCGUUCCGUAGUUAGCGGAGCAACCGACGGUUUCCACCCAAUGGCAAAUCGCUCGAGGCGGAUAUCCCGAUGCUCGGAGCACGGGACCUCGGCAACAUCCGCAAACGUCGUGCCGCAAUCGGUCUCGUCCAGCUCUCUGAACAAGUUUCACAUGCGGCUCGUUGAUAAGCUGCGUCGAGCCCUUCGAAGUAAAGACGACUCGGCUUUGAAGACUACGACGACAACAACUACGUGAUCCGGAUCUCAGACGCCGGUGGGUCGUCGAAAUAGCGUCAGACGCGGUGCUAACCGUUUCACCGGCCAGCAGCAGGAUCGUCGUUGCCAUUCCUAUCCAAGUCACUACAGACGAUGUCGAUGGCAGUAUCAAGAUCCGGGAGACGGCGACCUCAUAAGAAUGUAAACCCGGACCAAAGCGAGGCUACCUGUAACAGCUACUUACACUGCAUCAAACAUAAAAUGUGUGUGGGGCUGAGGAGAGCAGGGCAGGAUUACAUUGCGAGAUUUUAUAGUUCCGUCAGGUGCAUUUGUAACAUUACUAUAGACAGAGCUUAUCGACAAUACGCGCGUGCGCACCCGAAAUUUCGCGCACGCCUGACAUCGUAGAACGUAAAAUCAACCAAUUUAAAUUUCGUACGACUAGAAAUGAUAUGAACUUUGUUUGAUUCAGUGCUGUCUCCGUGCGUUGAAGCACACCUGGGCUGUUUCAGGGAUUGGAUUUGAUCUACGCUUUUCCCGAACUAGCUUGAAAUAGGAGCGGUGACCUCUGCCGUGAAUCGGCGCAAUCAGUCAAUCACUGUUGGUGGCGAUGAUUCAAUGAAGAGGAGGAUGACGUGUGCGUGUGUGUGUGGAGUUUAUCAAGGCAUAAGAAUAGUGAAAAACAUCUGAAUCUAGUGCCAAUUGUCUGUUUACCACUUCUUAUAAUUAUUAUUACAGCUAUAGAACUGCUUUUUGCAUCCUUUAUAGUCUCGACCUAGGUCUCAAACCAAGUUCGCAGCCCAUAGAGGCUCAUCGAGCGGUGCUAUUGCUUCUUUCUAAUCGAACUUUGUGCAUAGGUCAUUCGAUAACUGCUUAAUGUGGAAGGAAAGUGAAAUUGUAGCUGGCCUUCCGUGUUUUUAUUGAUCGCAGGGAAUGGACCUCGUCGAUUGGCCCCGGCCGUGUCUAAACCGCUUCACUAGCCUAGCAAAUAACUAAUAUUAUUCGUUGACAAUAAUACUGAUGUCAGAUUUCAAUACGGGAACAUUUUUAGAAAACUAACAUUAGAACAUUCGAUUGGGUCGUUCGCGAGAAAACAAAAGCUGGUAAAGCCUCCAUAAAUUCUAUCGUGUGCCUAAAGGCAAUACAGAAACAUCGACGAACGUAUGCAAAAUGUGUAGUAGUCGUGUCGUGUCCCUUAGACGUUUGAGGAGGCUAGCUUAGCGCGGGCAGAAAUGAAGGUAUCUUAACUGGUGUUUAAUAUAGAAAAAAAUGUAGAUGUUUUAUACAUUUGUGAUGAAUUACGCCGUUUCUCGAGGUAUGCCGUCUCAUCUGCGCCUUUGAUGUUAUAUCUUAGGUAUAUAAUAAACACUAUCAUUGCAUUUUGUACGGUUAAAAGCGGUUCUCCCAUCACAUCGGUAUCAGCGACUGACAUAGUAUAGGGAAUCAUUAAUGACUGCAUUCGAAAACAAAUAAAGAAAACUAAUAACUAAUUAUCGGCGUAGAUGUUGCUUCGGCUGCAUGGACUUUUUUUUUUUGUCAAAAUCAAACACUCAGCGACUCCCGAGUUCACGCACAUUACUAGUGAUAUUUUGCAAUAAGACUCUCGCAUAUCAGGCAGACUAUAUGUUUUUUUUGUCAGAAAAAGUCAAUACCAUUACAAUCCGAAUACACUAGAGAAGAAUAACGGCUGAAAGCCGUACUAUUCAGCCUGGUACGGCCGUAAACGCUGAACGGUUCAAAAUGUCGUUAUCAUCAGUAUCUUUGAGGAGUAGCUGAAACCGUUUGUUUUCGGUGCAUAUAUAUGCGCGCCACUGCACACCAUCUGUGGGCGUACUAAUUAUUAGACACAGGUAGAGUUUACCUAGCGCGCGUCGGAAUUUACCGAUAAUCGUUUGCAUGACCCAUAACAGCUUCUAUAACACGUCUGCUGCUAUUUCGACCGCGACAGAAGCUCUGCACGGAGAAUUUCGUAUAAUACCUAUAUAUACAUGUAUAAUUGAUUGAUUCUGAUACUGAUGAGUUGAUAAGCAUAAUGCUUUUCGAAUCGUCAUCAAAUAAAUAAACCCAUAACUAAACUUGAAGAGGAUGUAAAAGAUACACAUUGUCAAUGUUGUUAUUGAGUCAUUGCGAAGGCGGUCUCUACCGCUUAAGAUAUACCUGUCAGUGGAAAAUAUUUAUAUCAAAAGAUAUAUAUAUAUAUAUAUAUAUAUAUACACUUGAUUUAUACAUUCCUGCAACAAAGAUGUACAUUUAUAUAAGUAUUAUUAGAACAUAUUUAUAUACGUAUCACUGGCUAAAUAUUAUCAAAUUAUCGAAAAUUACCCUUGCAGCAAAACAGAAAUGACUUAUUUACACAACCUUUGUAUAAACGGUACAAAUGUUUAGGGGAAUUUGAAUGUAUGAAGCCGUAAUCUAGGGAUGGAGGCGGUAGAACCUCAAGGCAGCAACGCACGAGGGUUAUUUAGUUUUUUUGUCAUAUUUUAUACCAACGUAUAUCGGAGGGGUACAACAAGGAAUAACAUUCGAUGUAUUGCUAGAAAGAACUAUAGAAAAGUCUAAAAUAUAACGAUUCAAUAAAAGUCUAUUAGCGAACUAACCAAAGUACGCUGUGUUGCUUUCCCUUUAAUAAGAGAAGUUAUAUCGAUUCCGCUUAACUCCUUAAGCAAAGAGUUCAGUACAUGAUAUUUAUUGUUGAAUUAUAUUUAUAUUUUGUGAAAUGUAGUACACUUUCUCUGUGCUACUGUUUCGCUGGCCGUAUUUUGUGGCUGGCCCAAAUCGAAUUCAGUCGGGAACAUUUUUGCGUUUACCCUUGUAACGACGGCGCGAAUUCGGUCACAUCGACAUGCUUGGGAUGGGAAUAUUGCCCAUUUUUUACGCACCUACUGUGCUGAGAAAUGAUCGUAUUAAUAAACUGGUUGAUUAGUAACAGCCGCCUCGAGCUCGAGUACAAUAGUAAACAUAUUUAUCGUUAUUAGACUGAUAUAUCUUAAGCAGCAAACCGCAAUUACCUAAUAAUAACGUAACGAUGCCACACAUGAAUGGUGCGAGUUGUUAUAAGCCUUAUAAAAAUUUAACACAUGAAUCACUGACGCCUUGAAUCAACCCGAAGGC